CCAACCUUAUAUUGUUGAGCGCACUUACAACCAAACAACUCUAUAAACUUACUUAACAACUAUAUAACGUACAACGUAUCCCAUAAAACCAGCUCGUUAAGAUACCACGCAGGUCUAUCCUGAUUUAUUCGCUGAUGUCUAUAUCCGCCUAUACGUAUACCCAAGAAUACCAACCUGGCCACUUAAACCAACGACAGAAUGUCCAUCGCUUUCGACAACAUCCACAACUUCCGAGACGUCGGAAAGACCAUUAACGACCAUCUCGGCCAGAAGGUAGUCCGAGAAGGCGUGUUCUUCCGAUCCGCGCAACCGGACGAAGCAUCCCUCAAAGACCGCAUGAGAAUCAGAGAUGAGCUGGGCAUCCGAACUGUCAUCGAUCUCCGGAAUAGGAAGGAACAACAGGGGCGCCGAGUAGGCCUAACCAACGCCUUCAGGCUCGGGCAGAUCCCCGGCUUGAAGUACCGUGAGAUCAAGGUGACGGGGGAGCGGUUCCAGGCGUUUCUCACGGGACAGCUUAAGUGGUCGAGUUCCUUAAAAAUACUCAUCCUCUUAUUCUUCGGCAACCGCGAUCAAGCUACCCGCAUCCUAAGCCGGGAAGUCAUGCGGCCGCGGGGUCUCGUAGGUAUGGGUCUCAUAACGCUGGAUGAAUCUGGCCCUGAGAUCGCUGAGGCCCUCCGCACCUUCAUAUCCUCCUCAUCCCUCCCUCUCCUAGUGCACUGCGCCCUAGGCAAAGACCGAACCGGCCUCAUCGUCGCCCUAACGUUGAUGAUCCUCGGCGUACCAUCAGAUGCAAUCACGCACGACUACCGGCUGUCAGGUGAGGCCCUCGCAGACGACCACGAAGCUCGACUCGAAGAGAUUCGGAAUGUUGGCCUUUCGCCAGAGUGGGGAGGUGUGGCGGAUAAUUUCGUGGAGGGGAUUGAAUGGCACUUGGAUGUGAAGUAUGGCAGUAUUGAGGGUUAUUUGGAUGGUAUUGGGUUUGGAAAAGAGGAACGGGAGAGAUUAGUUGAGGUGUUGGGUGCGUAGGAUAUAUACCUACCUCCCUACGUGGUUUUAUAAAAGUAACAUCGUUAAGUUAGACUAGAAAACAC